AUGGAUUCCUCAAAUGUGCGGGCAGAGGUUGAAGGCCUGUCGACGGAACUGGCGGAUGGCCAUUGCUUCUCUGGCACAUUUAAAAAAGGGCUAAGGGAGGGCCCGGGGGUUUUUAUUGAACUGCGCACAGGAGGAGGCAUUGCGAUACAUCAGGCGCUGUCUAGGGUUUCGUCUCGCGGAUACAACAUAGGCGAAUGGGUUGGAUGUUUUCUUCACGGCCCUUGUCGUUCUUUGCUUCUCCCCGAAAGACUUUUAAUUUAUUCAGAAUUCUAUGGCGGAAAAAGGGUACAGUUGAGGGGCCCCGCCCCUUUAUAUGAGGGGCCCCCCCCACCUUUCCCAGGGGCCCCCUGGACAGGGGGCCCACUCUAUGGGGGAGGGCCUCAAGGCCGGGGCCCUCAAGGGGGCCCCUCUCCAUACGGGCAGCAAGGGGGCCCCCCCCGUAGCGUACAGGAGGUGAACGGCGGUUCAGGCUAUGGCCAUUCCGCUGCUUCUGUUUCUGCUGCUUCUGCUGCUGCUGCUGCUGCGUCUCCGGUGUCUGUUGAAGCCGAUUCAGAAAACGCUGAGCAUAGCUGGCCAGAAGAGGCAGAAGGAGAGGAAUUUCUUUGCCUAACUGCUGCUCAACUAAAACGGGAUUUUGGUUUGAUAACUUUUGGGGGAAGAAAUCGCGUCUUGAUGUUUGUCAAACUUCUUAGAUUACAGGCCUCCCGUCGUCGUCGUAUACAUCGCUUAUUUUUGAGUUCUUCUGGUGCAUCUGUGCUGCCUGAAACGAGUACCUCUCCUGGGGGCCCCCAUGGGGGCCCCCAGGAGAGAUAUUCUUCCUCUGGUACUUUAGAGGGUGCAGGAGGGCAGCAAGGGGCCCCCUUCAGCAGCGGCGGUCGAGUUGGUGGUAAGGAGGUAGCAAUAAAGGUAUUUAAGAAGCAGCAUUUUUUUUAUCAUAUGCCUACUAGUGCUGCUGCACCUGCUGCUGCUGCUUCUGCUGCAGCAGCAGCAUCCGCAGCAGCUGCUGCAGGACCACCUUGGAAUGAGGGGCCCCUCACAUUCGCGUCUCUUACAGGGGGGGCACAAAAUACCAAUUCAGGAGGUGGUGGGGCCCCCAUGGGAGGAGGGCCCCUUAAGGAGAUAGAAGAUAAACUGUUGGAUGUAUUGUGCAACAAUACAGAUCUGCUGCUGCUGCAGCUGCUGCAGCUGCAGCAGCUGCGGCACCCCCAUCUAGUUAUGCUGCUAGGUGUCUCCUUAUCUCAUUCCUUUCAUGUAUGCUUAGUCAUGGAGUAUAUGCCUAAGGGGCCCCUAGGUAUGCAUCUGUCUCCUUCUCCUCCUUCUUGGGUACCACCACCAAGGAGACACCCAGGGGGGGGGCCCCUGCAGAGGCAGCAGCAGCAACAACAACAACAGCAGCAGCUGCAGCACCUGGGGACACCACUGCAACACUCCCUACGCCAUGACGGAGACACAGGAGACAGCUCCAUCUCUCCUAGUAUCUCCCAUACACACAGCAGCAGCAGAAGUAGCAGCAGCAGCAGCAGCUCAAGGGGUGGGUCCAGCCCUUUUAGGCCCCUCAUGGGGGCCUCCGAGGGCCUCCCAGUACCUGGGGGCCCCUCUACGGGAGCCCCCUCUUCAAGGGGCGCCCCUUCUGUGGGGCCCUCUUCUGGAGGGCCCCCCUCCCCCAACAAUUCCCUAAGACCUGGGGGUACAGCAACGGGGGGGCCCCAAGAAGAUAAUUUAUUGAUGGGCCCGCCUAACUGUCCUUCUUUAUCUGUAGAUAAAGAAAGCCAAGAAGGAGGUUUAUGGUCUUCUUCUCCUUGGGGGGCCCCCCCUCCUAUUAAGCCUCUAUGGGGGGCCCUCCACAUAGAGGACAAUAGGGGGGCCCCCUCUGUCCCCCCUCCCUCUUGUUUAGUCCCUAUUGCCUUAGCAGAGGCAAUAGAAAGACUGCAUGCAAGAGGAAGAAGUCUCCCUUCCUUCCUUGGGGGCCCCCGGAGAGCAGGGGGGGCCCACAGGAACAGAAGGGGGGCCCCCUCAUCAAGGGCAUCAAGUAUUAAGAAAUCCGAAGAAGAUGGAGGGGCCCCCCUUUCAGGGAGUUGGGGGCCCGCUUCUCCCCUGAACAAUUCUACUUCUCAGGGGCCCCCUCUUGAUGAGAACGCACCGUCAGGGGGCCCCCUCCCUCCAGCAGCAGGCUUCCAGCAGCAGCAACAGCAACAACAGCAACAACAGCAGCAACAGCAGCAACAGCAGCAGCAACAACAACAACAACAACAGCAGCAGCAGCAGCAGCAGCAGCAGCAGCAGCAGCAGAGACCUGAGGUCUCCCCUUCAAUACACUUUUCUUUAGAGUCCCUUGCAAGACUCUGUGGCAUUGCAGAGAUUGGACGCCGCUUGGCUCUUAAUGUCACCGAGUGUCUACAGCGAUGUCUGCAGGGGGCCCCUCGAGGGGCCCCUCUAGGGGCCCCUCCUCCUUGGGGUCCCCUUGUGGGCUCCCCUUGGGGGUCCCCUUGGGGGUCACCCAGUGCCGCGGGCCAGGCUGCUGGGGGCCCCCAGGGUUCAGCAGACAGAGACAACGAGGGGCAAGAGCAAGAGCAACAGCAGGAGGAGCAGCAGCAGCAGGAGCAGCAGCAACAGCAGCUGCAGCAGUAUGAGCAGCAGCAGUAUGAGCAGCAGCAGCAGGGAGCUGCUGCUCGGGCCCUCUUAGAUGCUCUGCGGCAGUCUGAUUGGUGUGAGAGAAUGCUGCAGCUGCCGUGGAACCCCCCUUCGGUGUCUUUGGGUCUAAGCCACCCUGAGGAAAAGAAAUACAUCGACGUCUAUUCCUUUGGAGCUGUUUUUUGGCAAAUCCUCACAGGCCGCCCACCUUUUGCUGAGUUGUCCUCCGCGCAGAUUGUUGGUUGCGUGGAGCUUUGGGACGAUCCUCUUGGCAACCCUUGCAGCGGCAUUCCUCACCAACUAAUGGUCCUCCUUAAGAAAUGUUGCCAAAGGAAAGCAAACCGUCGGCCAACUUUCUUAGCUCUUUUGCAUGCAAUUGCUGCAUUAUACGCUAAGACACACGAAUCAGCAGAAGAUGCAUUAGAGGAAUUCAUGGGGGCAAUUUACUGA